AAAGUAGGGAGGGCCGUUUCACACCCCUUGGGUGGGAGAAAAACAAUGGCGAGUUAUAGUCAACAACACAGUACGCCUAAAGUUAUUCGACAAAAAGAACUUUCUGCAAGUUACCUCCGUUCAGCUGUCGUGCUUCUAUAAUUACAAGUUGUGAGUACACUCUUAGUAAGCCAAUCAACUAUCCCCAAAGAUUUCACCUUUCCAGGUAAGAUGGUAGUCAUCCCUAUGAAAUUCAAAUGAGGCACACCUGUAAACGCGGUCUGCUUUUGCACUUACAGGUUUCUGCACAAGCAAGAGAUGAUAUGAAUCCGUCGAACAACAGUCGGUUGCUAGUGAUUUUAGGAGACGCCGUGAAAGAGGUUCAGCUUUGUAUUUCUUGUCCUGGUGGUUGCAAACGCUACGAAAUUAACGUUGCGGCACGUCUGAUUCACGCUCUCGAUCACGUGCUACUCGAUGGGUUGCGUAUCCCAAAAAACGGUUAUUGGCCCGUCUUUGCUGCACUUCUUCCUUCUUCUGUUCUUUCUUUCAUUAACCAGCUUUCUUCCGCCGCUAACAAUAUCAGCAAAGGGAGAGCUUGGCUUUUGCUUUCUCUAAACGAGGCUGUUCUCGAAGCUUUCCUGGCCACGCUGGAAGAUAGACCGUCACAUUUGUCGGAACAUUAUCUACCCAACGCUCUGCUCAGAGACUCUACGUCUUUGCAAGUGGUCAUCACCCUUGUUUCCGGUUUGGAACAUGUUGGCUUUGAUUUCCUUUUAGAUAGUGCUUUUCUCAACGCUAAUCAACCGCCAUCAAGCGGAUUUCUAGUCGAUUACGAACCAUGCGAAUCUCCAUUAGAAAACGCUGAAAUCUCGAUGGAAAGGGCGCAAGUGGAUGACGUCAUUGAUGUCUCAAACGCUAAGAAAGACAAUUCAUUUUUAGGAGAACAGAAGACAACGAUGCCAGUGAUGAAGAGCCCAUUAGUCAAACGACGCACCAGCGCUAAAAGUCAACAUGUGCGCUCUUCGACGCAGAAGAGGGUGUCGUUCCAUCAGGAUAUGAUGCGACGGCCGUACGACGAGUCUCUCCAGCACGCCACUAGCCAAAACAAUUUGAAUAUCAGCAGCUAUGUAGAAGAUAGAACGACUUUGAUGCGUCGAUAUCACAGCGAAUUGGCUAUCGAUCAUGCGGCUUCCACGUUGGCCAAGUAUCCGACCAUUGCAGAACGGGGCGUUCCAGAAGGUCAAGAAGAUCCAGAAGGUGCCAAAACGGAACAUGCUGCACCUGAAAUGCUGUUCUUGCAAAAGGCGUUGAUUCGGAGGAAAUUGUUAAUGGGUGAACAACCUAAGAAAUCAACGAAAGAUAAACGUCAAUUUUUCGAUUGGGCAAAACAGAAAUGGGAAGAUUUGAAUCUUGUUCCCGUCCUGCCACAUUUGAGUAAACAGUUGCUGGACGUCUCUGAUAACGACCUAGUGACUGAAGAUGUUCCUCAAGUUGAAAACUCGUUUGAAACUAUUCCUUUGCCCGUCGAAAUGGAUCCAAACGAACGUUACAAGAGUUUUAAAUGUUUUACGAAUUUCUAUUCGGGGAUACCUUUGUCAAGUCAACUCGUUAUUAGCCCGACGAUUAUUUAUAUUGUAUCGAGCACCGCCAGCCUCGAUAACAGUCCGUCUAUUGUAUGGAAAUGUAAAUUAAUUGAUUUGGAAGAUGUCAAGGUGAAAUGUAAUUAUUCCGUGAUCGUGAUGCGUUCUAAAUCAGCGGAAAAUGGUGGCCUCUUUUGUUUAGAUUUCGCUGAUCCGGCUGAUUUACAAAUGGCCGCCAGUUUGAUAGAUGUCAACGUGAGAAGGAUUCGCAAAGACUGCCAAUGUGUUUACGUGGAAUCAGUGUCUCAGUGCCAAACGUAUUGGCAACCCCGUGUUCUCCAAUGGAUUCGAAACGGCACUCAUUCGAUAGACAUGCAAUCUCCAAUUGAUAUCGAAUACAUCGGAAUGUUGUACUUUGAAGAAUCUUUCGUCAUGCAAAGUCACGAAAUAUCUCCAGGUGCGUGUCCUAAUAAAUCUGGACAUUUAAUGUAUCGCUGGUCAACCACUCGAUCUUGGCAUGCUGGCUAUUUUAUCAUCAAAGAUGGUGUGUUGUACCAGUUUAAUCAGCCAAAUGACCGCGUUCCAGUGCUGACAAUGUCACUCAGCGAAGAGGAAUGUAAAGGAUAUGGUCGGAAUUUUCAUUCACGUCGACCGCACACCAUCGAACUUCAAUUCCGUAACGAGAAAUCCUUACUUUUAGCUGCAGCUUCGGAAAAUGAAGCUACUGAAUGGCUGACGUCUCUAUCACAAUCUUCUUUCGUCUGGGACAACGUGAUGGAUGUCGCUUCGCCAGUCCAGCACAGUAGUCCAAUCGCUUGCGGCGUACUCGUCACUCGUCAGCAAGUCUUUUUAUUUCAAUCCACUGAUCAACAACAGCCCGUCGCUUCAGCUCCGCUCGAUUUGAUCUCUGUGAUCAUGAUCAGCCUGACGGAUACGUUUUGUUUGAUUGAGCUUGAUUAUCGAGAAGCGAGUGAUGGAGCCGGCGAUUGGAUUUUGUAUUUCCAAUCGAAACAGAGCUUUGAAGAAUUUCUGCGAGCGACGAAACGGCCUCGCGAAAUUCUCUCAACCGCCUCGUCGUCGACCUUACGCAAUAAAAGUUUGCUAUUGAGGGCCAUUUAGAUUUAAGAGCUAAUGUUUUUCUACCUCUUUCCAGAAUGUAUUUUACAUCUCGUUUUUUUUUUUUGCUCUACAGAUUGUUUCGCGAAUUUAUUUCAGCUGCUGUCUUUAUUGUACAAAAAAUACGCCUUUUCAAUGUUUUCUCCCCUUUUUUUAGGCUCUACGCAAUGUUCUUUUUUUCUCGAAAAUUGUUGCUAAUUGCCGCUUAUUCACAGUUGCCUCAUCACUCAUUAAAAUAAGAACGAUCUUCCUGUU